UAACCUUUAAAGCAAACAUAACCUCCUUCAUUCUCGGUAUUCUUGAUAGUUGGUAAAGUUUGCGCAUGCUGUAUACGAUGAAAAAAAACGUUUAAUCGUUUAACAUCUUCUUUUUCUAGUGCUGAUUUUAAUUGUUGAUUUUACACGUUAUUUAAAGAGCAUAGUUAUAAUCACUAAGUGUAUCACUUAGAAGGUUCCGUGGUGUAGCGAUUAUCACUAAGUGUAUUAAUGUUUAAUUAACUAAAAUCCAACAUUUAUCUGGUGUUUUAUAGAACAAUUGUCUGUGUUUAUGGAAUGUUGUCAAGUUGAUCUGAAUAUUUUUUAUAUAUUAUAAACAAAAUGUUGACACCACAUUUUGAGAUCUCACAAACGGAGACAGAAGUUGUUGUAAUUAUUCAUGCUCGGUAUUCAAAUAUAGGAGAUACAGAGGUACAUGUGGAUGGAACAGAUUUCACGUUUUAUUCUAGUCCCUAUUAUCUAAGGUUAAAAUUACCAGGUAAAAUACAUGAAACUGAAUCAUCCAGUGGUUCUUAUGAUUGUGAGGAAGGUGUUUUUGCUUUGCGCUUUGAAAAGGUGAACAAGGGUGAACAUUUUGAGAAUUUGGAUAUGAUCACUACCCUUUUGGUCCCAUCAAAAAAGAAAACACUUAAUAUUCCUAAUAUUGAAGUAAUUGGUAAUCCAUCUGCAGAUUUAGAUAUAGAUGAAAACUUAAAUGAUAAUGACACUACUGAUACGAGUCAAAAUACUUCUAAUGACACAUUAUCUUUUCCUCAAAGUGAUGUUAAAGAACAUGCAUCAAUUCUCAUAGAUUCUCCAAAAUAUGGUUUUGCAAACAAAAUAUCGGGAGCUUUAACUGCUUUUGAGUCGGCAUGGCUCAAGGAAAUAAUAGAUCUUCCUAAUCCAGAUGUAACUCCUGAAGAGGAAAGAAAAAGUUUGCAGGAAAAACGUGAACUGGAAGAUUUCUGUGGAGAUCAUUAUAUGGGAGAUCUUAUGGAGGGAAGUGAUAUUGACGAGACUUUGUUGUUUAUUGCGGAAUGGGACACGUUAAAAAAAGAUAACAUUACAUUCAAUAAAACUGAAGCUGACUUGUUGAAGGAACUACCUAAUAAAAGUUAUUUAUUGAAUGCUGAAGAUAUUCGAAAAUUACAAUUUAAUCUUGUUGAUAUUUUAUUCGCCAGUUGUUAUAAUCAUCGUUCGACAUUGGGUGAAAAUACUGUGGAAAGCUGUUGGACCAUUAACAAACUCAGUUCUACGUUGUGUUGGUUCCGAAACUUUAAUUCUAUGGAUGAAGUUAUAACAUCAUGCUUUCGAAGAGCACUUUGUUAUCCAUUGUUUAGAAAUUGGAGCUUGAAUAUGGAGGUUCUCAAGGAUGUUAAGAAAGUUCUCGCAUUAGGGAAGAAGUACGUUAUUAAACGAUUCUGUGAAAUACACACACUUUUCAAUAAUUCGUACGAACCGCGGUAUGUGUUGAACCAAUUAUACAUAAAGGACUUUUUAAUUUGGUUGCAAUCGACUCCUCCAACUACAAUAGAAUCACUUUGCUCUACAUUAAAUGCCAUUCAGCCAACCAAAGCAAGCAUGGAGUUUGAUUUGGAAGAAUUGGAAGCGGCCGCUUACUCCGUUCUGGAGGAAGUGGGACUUAUUAUAGAAAAUAAUCACAAACUGGCUGUUGACGAAGCAGCUGAAGAAAUUAAUAAGUUAACGAUAGAUGACAUUAAAGUCAACAGUCCAAAUUUAACGGACACGGGUUCUGAUUCGGAAAGCAGCACAACAUCUAGUAACAGUACUACUACCAGCAGCAGUCUUGAUUCUGAUGACUUGAGUGACUCGGACCAAGUGGAGGACACUAACGCUUUAGACGAGUAAUUUCUUGUUACUUAUUAUUAACAAAUAAUGUAACAUGUGUUACCGAAAGACACGAUGUAUUUAAUUGGUACUGGAUUUGAUUUAUAAAUAUUUCCAUGAUAAAAUAUUUUUAAUCGUUUUUUAUUACACAACUUGACUAAUCAAUGCGAUAUACAAUUAGUUAAAAAUUUAUUUUUUAAGCAACAUAGCACUAAAAUCAUUAUCACUUUAUAUUAAAAAUCGGAUCGAUAUUUUUUAAGUACUUAAUUGAACUUGCGACUCUUUUGUAGGAAUUAUCUCCCACAUAAAAAUUAUAAUAUUUAUAUACUAGCACAUCACAGACGCGCGCUACGCGCACGCUAUUAUUAUUUUCAUUUUCAUGUGUUGCAUCAGUGAACACAACCUGUCACCGCGAUGACAGCUAAUAUAUACAUCUUAUAAACUAUGUAAUACACCUACAAGAGAUGUCAAAAAUAACGCAUGAAAAUCAAACUCAGAAAAUAAAAGAAAGAGAGAAGAAUGGAAAAACAACACU